UUUUGUUCCAAUUUUUAAAGUUUUCUUGUUAAUUAAUUGUCUGCGUUGAUUGUUGAACAAAUUUUCAUUUAAUUGGCUUAUUUCAAUCUCUUUUAUUUUGGUUUACUAGUUUUCCUUUAUCAAUCAACCUGAUCUCUUGCUGAAAUUAGCCAUGUGUUAGAGUAACAGAGACUCGGUUACAAGGAGAAAUCUGUGGAAAGUGUUGUGUGUUUUUCUGACUCUCAUUUUUGUUGUUGGUGUUUUCUAUUCCCACCAUGGAGCUUGUUUAUUCGGUUACCUGUCCUAGUUCAUCUUCUUCUAAACGAUUAAAUGAUUGGUUGGUUGAUCGACGCUGUGUCUCAUCUUUGUCAAAUAAAAAUAUUCUUGCUUUUACAAGUUUCACUGAUCUACAUGAAAGUGAACCUAAAUAUCUUGCCGUUCAUAUUUAUGUUGUCGAUUUAAAUCUUCCUAAUGAACCUAAUCUAGUGACAAGACAUAACGAGGAUAUUACCGUUCUUGACUGGGAUGUAAGUGGGAAUCGGUUACUGAUCGGAGAUGCAUUUGGUAAAGUGGAGAUUUGGUCCAUCAAAGAUUAUCUGAUAAACGAAUGGCAUCUUCUUAAUUCAUUUACUGCCUUUGAAGGAGAGAGAACACUAUCAGCCGUUUGGUUCCACAAUGGAAUAAAAUCUCUCAUUGCCAUGGACAAAAAAGAUACCUCAUAUGCUUAUAGUGAAAAAUUUAUCAAUGCCAAAUUCAAUGCAUCGGUUAGACAGUUUGGUGGUAAACCAGCUCAAGGUGUUAUCGCUGUAUCAGCAAGUGGACUUAUCUGGUGUGCUUGUUAUUUGUCUGAUAGCUCAAUUGUCACGGGUACAAAAAUAUUGGGAAAUUUUCGAUCCAAGUUAAAAGUUGUUGAUAUUUGUUACACUUCUGAUGGUAAAUUUUUGAUAAUCUCAUCAAAUGGAUCAGUUGAUUCUUCAAUCAAUUGUCAUCGAGUAUCAAUAAGCUUACAAAACUCUAAUAUGGGAAUCGAGAAAACAAGAUGUGUGAUAACAAGUCAACCAUUUUCAAGUUUUUACCUUAAUUGUUCAAAUGAUGUUGUACAUUCCAAUGGAUACUCUUAUGUUAAUCACUUAAAAUUUAUAUUAAGAGAAUCAGCUGAUGCAGUUGUAGUGGGUGCAUCUGGCUCGCUGGGAUCAACAGUUGAACUUUGGGCUCUUAGAGAGAAACCUGUACAGUUACAUAAAAUGUAUCAACAAAUGAAAAAUUCAACCAACUCAAAUUCCAACAAUGAAUUUAAUAGCAAUAGUCAAUCCAAUCAAUCAACACCAAAGACAACAGUUUGGCAAUACUCAUCUAGUGCCAAUUAUCAUCAACCAAUCGUCACAUUGGCAACACCUCGAGUCUCACUGUAUGAUCUUAAUCCACCUCUUUCAUACAUUAUGGUUUCUUACCGAGAUAAUACCGUCAAGUGUUAUUAUCGUGAAAAUUUACAAUCCAUCUACGCUAUCAAUUUGAAUUCAAUCUCACUCAAGAACAAUCCAUCCAAUAAGUUCGGUAUGGUUAAUAUGAAAUCAACACCAAAUCCAACAAUUUCCAACAUCGUGGAUAUGCAGUUUUCUUGGAGUGGUUUCGCUCUCGCUCUUAUGGACACUAAUUCUCAACUAUUUGUUUACAGAGUUCCACCGGUCACCGAUCCAAAAGCAACUUUUAAUCCUGUCUUUUUACAAACUAUGCUUGAAUAUUGUCUUGUUAGUGGUAAUGAUUGGUGGGAUAUAAUUAUUUGUCUUCGUCCAACAAUAAUUGACACUCUUUGUGAUAUGUUAAAUGAUGGUUUCAUGCAAAGGCAAACCCUUGCCCUCCAGCAAAAGUAUUACAAUCGUUUCUUAGCCAUCAAAGCAUCGCUAUAUCGUUGUCUCAACCAAGGCAAUAGUGGUACCUCCGGCCAAAACAAAUCAGGAGAUUGCUACACCCUCUUCAUGCUCAACUCAAUUUCCCACCUCUUGAAAUCUCUCCUUCGACCAAGUGUUAAUGUGGACAAAGAAGGACCUGCAGAAAUGUUAAGCAAUUUAAUCCAAACCAAAGGAAAUGAGCCUCAUUAUCAAAAUGUGGAUAAGGUUCUUCUUGUAUUAGAACAUAAAGAUUUCUAUGUUGAAACAAGUAUUCUUCAAUCAUUACAACAUCUUAAUCAGUGGAUUGGUGAUUUAGCCUUGUUCCUUUUAGCUUCACUUCCUCAACAAUUUCAUAAUCAUUUUCGUUUCCCUGGUGUAAGUUUGAUUUACGAUCCUAAAUCUUUAAAUACCCUUCGAGAGCUUCUGGUAAUCAUUAGAAUAUGGGGUUUAAUUAAGGAAAGUUGUCUUCCUGAUUUCGUUAUCCUCUCCAAAGAUGUUGACGUUAUUUCUUUGGUGUUUAAAUUACUCAGUCGUUUGGUUGCUACCAUGGGAAAUGAGCCUGAUGAAGGUUUUCUCGAUGAAUGCUGUUCACUGCCCAAUCAAGUUCUCAUCACCCAAAUGGAUUUAACUUUGAAAGCUCGAGGAGUUGCCAGUCCAACAAUAUUUAUCAAUCCAUCGCCUUUGCAAUUUCAAUAUUUAGUUGAAGCUCCAUUUCUUAAAUAUCACAUUAAAACUCAUUCGGUUGAUGGAGCCGUUGAUAACUAUAAAUGCACCAAGAUGGACACCGUUCGUCAUAUCGCUUUAGGAGCUAAAGAUGGUAUCAAUGGUAAUAUACGUCUGUGUACUCGAUGUUCAGCCAUUUCCUUAAUCCAAUCACAAUUUAAAUCGCCCUCAUCACGAACAUGGGACAUGAGAUGGUGUUCUAACUGUAUCUGUGGGGGUCAUUGGAAAGUGGACACUGGAAGCUGAAAACACAUACACCUACAUUUUAGGUCGCAAAGGAAAUUAAUUAGAACAUUAAUUAACAUAUUGUUUUGUUUAUCGUCCCAAUACAAAAGUCAACAAUUCACUCAUCUCAAAAAAGAAAUCAAUAUUUCUCAUCAACAACUUAACCAUCUUCAGAUCCAAUCUAUUAAUCAAAUAUAUUGAUUCCAUUGUAGAUAAACAUUUAUACUAAUAUAUUCAUAAUCUUUUCCACCUUAAUCAUCACAAAUAAAAAGACAUAAACGUAAAUUAACAAUAA